UUGCCUAUGGUCAAAGGAAGAUACUUUAAAGGACAUAGGUCUAACUAGUGGAUCUUUUAAUUGCAUAGUUAGUUUGAUACUUGGCUAAAGGAUGAUUUCUACAUCAUACUGCUCAAAGAGCUGUUGAGAUGUGGAGUGAAUAUUGUAAUAAUGCAAUAAUAGUUGUUACUAAUUAUCUGUUUGGAAGCAUAACAAGAUUUUACCUUGUGUUCUUCCCAGCAACUGGGGGAUAUUUUGUUCUCCAAAAGUUGUUGGCUCAGUUUUGCAUCUAGUCAAGUCAGGUGGAUUUUGCCAUGUCAAGUAAAUACAGGAGCAUAAAGGAGAACGUGACCUCAAAAGUAGAUGGAGAUAAGUCACAGUCACCACAUUCAGACUGGAAGCAUAGUGUAGGUCUCCUUAAGGUUUUGAUUUAGCCUGUUGUAUACCCAAGGGAUCAUUAAGAAAAAUGUGUGUUUGCAGACAUCCGUUACUCACCAGAUAUCCACAGGUCAGACCUGGGGUUUAGGUACACGUACAUCUUUGGUAGCAGUCACAUUAAAAAAAUCAAUGGUACGUUGUAUUUCCUUACCUAUAAAGGCAAAAGGAUAACGAAGGAUGACACAAUGUAAAAUUAGUAAGAGACAGCAGUUUUGCAAGUCUGUACACUGAGUGGAAAAUGUUCCUACCCUCUUUCUCUGAAUUCCAGUGUUAAGAGUUCUGCAUUUCUGAUUGUUUUCCUAUCCUGCCAGUCUCUUGUAGAGCUCCAGUGAUUACGCUGGCCAGUUAAUUCUGAUCUGAGAUUGUAAUGGAUUAUACCACUUCUGUAUAACAGGAAGGCGAACUUCCUCUUUAAAGCUGCGUAUUACUAAGUGAGGAGGAUUUCUGAUGGGCGGAGUCGGCUUGAGUCGGCUAGAUAAAGGCUUGCAGGAUUUACAGACGGCUCAGACUGCCGUCGGCAUGAACGGCAGCCUGCCGGGCAGGGAGCUGCUCAGCUACCCGAUGGACGGACAGCGGGACAGGCUGUGCCUUCAGUCUCUUUGGGACUUUGUCACAGCAAAGGAGCCAUUGAUCAAGUCACCGUUUUUUCCAGUGCUGUUUUCUUUUACAGCGUACAUGGCUUUCUGUCUUCCAUAUAUUGCACUGGACUUUUUAAGCACUAGACUACCGAACUUGAGAAAAUACAAAAUCCAGCCACAGAACUAUCCAACUCUUGCAAUGAUGGUACCUUGCAUUAUUCAAAGUGCUUAUCACCAUGUUGUUUUGAUCUUCCCGGUGACGUUUCUCCACUGGUACUGGAGACCAAUGAAUCUCCCAGUGGUAGCUCCAGAGCUGCCUGAGGUCCUGCUGGAAGUAGGAGCUUGCCUGCUUCUGUUUGAUUUUGAGUACUUCCUGUGGCAUUUGCUUCAUCACAAGGUGCCUUGGCUCUACAAGACCUUCCACAAGGUGCAUCACAAGCACGUGUCAACGUUUGCUCUUACUACACAGUAUUCCAGUGUAUGGGAAUUGCUCUCACUGGGAUUUUUUGCUGCUAUCAACCCAGUGCUCCUUGGAUGCCAUCCUCUGACAGAAAUGAUUUUCUUCCUUGUAAACAUUUGGUUGUCAGUGGAGGACCAUUCAGGAUAUGACCUUCCAUGGUCAACUCACCGACUUGUGCCUUUUGGUUUGUACGGAGGAGCACCACAUCAUGAUCUCCAUCAUCUGAAAUUCAAAUCAAACUAUGCUCCUUAUUUCACCCACUGGGACAAACUCUUCGGGACAUUCACAGAGUCGCAUUCUAAUUAAGGAUAUUUACUUGUGGACAAACUCUUCUUUUAUAGACUAAACUGGGACAUUAAUUUUUCAAAGACAUAGAGAAGAUGGUAUAUUUGAAGCUGCCUAUAAAAGCAAUAGCUAUUUAUAACAAAUCCUCUUAAUAUAUGUGUAUUUGUAUGUAUACUUGGAACUGCCUAUGUUAAAUGCAAAUGGGAGGAUAAAUCACUGUUGCUUAAAUUUGUUUGAGUCAAAGGUAUAAGGGAAGCAUUAAGAGACAUUCUCUCUUCUUUCCUUCUUUCCAGCUUUCAUAAAGCAUGUAUUGUAUUACCAUAUGCUGUUUUAUACAUAUGCCAGAACAAUUAUCUUACUGUUGUAGGAUGAUUUAUGAUGUAAACAGAAAAGGUACACAGCAUAGAUUUUGUGGAUUUUAAUCUGCCAGAGCACAUUAUUACACAAUGAUGAUGUAAAAUAUUGUUUGAUCAACAAGACUAGUUGGCUAACUGUGCAAUAAUUUUGAUAUUUAUAUUUUAAACCUUGAUGUACUGUCUGUUUUUAAUAGAAAAUAAAUAUGGUAAUUCUUUUAAAAU